GAGUUUCGAUACUUGCUGUAAGCAAGUCACAAAUAGCGAAUUUUGUAGCUUUGAGCGUAAUAAGAAACAAAGAAAAUAGUGAAUACGCAUAACAAUAUAUUAUUUAGUUAAUACAAACUCGGUAGAACAUAGGCGACACACGACAAAAACAAUUUUGUUUCCGUUCUACUCUGACGUGAUUGGUAUUUAGAGCAACAGAAGAUAGCUAAAUUAGCUUACGGUGUAACUGUUGAUGUAAGACAUUACAUUCAACGUAUUGUGUCUAUUUCAGCUGUUGCAAAACCCAUUCAUUGUAUGACGGAAACAAUAAUUAAUUUUAUGUUUUUAAGAUACCAGUAUAAAAUAAAUUAUCAACAAUUUUAGCUUGUGUGUGUAUUUGUGAAUUGAAUACAGAAAAAACAACAAUUUUAAUAAGCAGUAGGUAGGCUUAAUAUUAAUAGUAUUAGUAAUAAAAAUGGAAGAUCUACAGACUACUGAAGAGACAAUGUUUGUUGUUGAUGAAGUCAGCAAUAUAAUCAAAGAGGCGGUGGAAGGCACUAUUGGGGGAAAUGCUUACCAACAUAGUAAAGUGAAUCAGUGGACCAACACUAUUGUGGAACAGAUCCUGGGGCAUGUCACUAAACUCAACAAACCCUUCAAGUACAUUGUAACUUGUGUAAUAAUGCAGAAAAAUGGAGCUGGACUUCAUACUGCAAGCUCAUGCUAUUGGGAUAACACUACAGAUGGUAGUUGCACAGUGAGGUGGGAGAACAAGACUAUGUACUGUAUUGUUUCAGUUUUUGGCUUGGCUAUUUGAAAGCUGAUAUUAUAUAUACCAGCAUGCUUACUUUAUGAGAGGGACCUUCAUUCUCUACAUCAUAUAUAUAUGAUUCUGCUAUCUCAGUUUGUAACUACAGAUUGUUUUUUUGUAAAAUUUGAACUUCUUUCUGGUAUGUACUAUGAUUGAGAUAAAUUUAUUUGCAGUUUCCUGUAGAAAGGCUAAAAAUAUUGAUGCUGUUUCAAUUGUUAUUAUAAAAAGUUAUGUUGGAUUCUAGUUUGAUAACAGUGCUAGUGAAAUCAGCAUACAGUUCAUAAUCUCACAGCAUCUUUUAGUAGAAGUUACAGUAAGUACUACUCAGGAAAAAAGUAUGUGUGUUACUAAACUUAAUAUUUGGCAAUUAACUUCAAGUUUUUUUAAAUAUAUAUAUAUAUACUGUAAACCAUAAGUGUGCCACACUGAUUAAACUUUUUUUGGUGGUGGUGGGGCGAUGCAGCUAUUAUGGGUCUUUGGUUUAGAUACAAAAGCUGACAAGUUUUCUGUUGGUCCCAUAUGAAAACCAUAUGUCUCCUUGAGAACUUAUGACUUGGAUUUGUAGAAAUCUGGAGCAGUAGUGUUGUACACUACAUAUUUUGUUGUCAGCCUAUUAUUAGUAGGCUAUUUCUUGAUAAUUUAAUUGUGUAUGAAUGACUAAAAUUUAUACCCAACAGUAACAUUAUUCAUUUUAGAAAUUUCCAUUAUGCUUUAUUUUUUGGCCAUUGAAGAGUCCAGCUAAAUGUCAUGUUUUCACCAACAGUUUGUGAUUUUCAAUUUGUUAAAUUUUGCAUUAACUUAUCUUAACUGAGUAUGUAUUUAGCAUUUAAUUGACUAUCUUUAUUUAAUCACCCAUUAUUUUAUUGUUUCAACAUCGGUUUUAGUAUUAAUUACAAACUAGUGUAUCAUUAGCUUUUUGUAACUUCUAAUUUGUAAUGAUAACUUAUGAAUGACUUUAUAUGAUAUUAACCAAAUAAGCACACACAAAAUUAUUAGUCAAAUAUUAAAGUGAAUGCUGGUUGCUUCCAAAGUCAGUGAAUGGUGUGUAGACCCUGUAUUUCUGUAUGUUCUUUCCUGGACUGGGUUCUGAUUCAGUUACCAUAUUCCCAUAUGGGAUUACUUGUGUGUAAGGUGAAAUGUUUUCUAUAUUCAAGAUUACAUUUUUCACAUUUGAAAUAUUAUCCUACACAAAAAAGGAAAUUAGUAUUUUGUCAGCUAGUAAUUUUUAGAGAUGUGUAAUGGUACAAUAAUCAUUUUUGAGACUACUUAGUUUAGAAAUUUUUAACCUUUAAGUGACAGCUGAAUUUCCUACAAUUUAGCUGAAUUUAUUUUACUUUUAAUAAAUAAUUUACUGUAAAGUAUGUAUUAUUUAUGUUAUAUGCCUUAAAUGUUACCAACUAAUGAACUUUUAGUGUGUUAGGUUUUUUUUACUCAAAUGCAAGAAGAUUAGUACAAGUAAAAUAAAAAAUAUGGUUGUUACACCCAA